AUGGCGGACACUGGACUGCUUCCUUCAUCUCCGGCCGAGUCGGAGAUGCAGGAGCCAGUGUUCGGGAUCAGAGCCGCCAGUUCCCACAAGCACCGACCGAGCAGCAGCAUCAUCAAGGUCACACGCUUCAGUAAGCACAGUCCACGCGCAAGGAGCAACUUUCAGGCCAAUAGCACCCUUGGGUACGACCCGAGGCAGAGCAGCUUUAUCGAGACAUCAAGCCAUAUCCGGGAUUGGCUCUGCACGAGCAGCAAUGUCCACGUUGGAUGCGACAUUAAGCACACUCACCACGCAAGCCGCACCACCUGGGUCAGAAUCACCAUCGAACUUGAAUGCCACAGAGCAUGCUGUGCCCGACACUUCGGCGCCCUCUUCGGCAACAGCUCCAGCCACAAAGCCGAGCUCUCGACGAAAGAAGAGAAACGCACCAGCGGGUGCGGCCGAUACGCUCUGCAAAUGGCUUCGCACUGGGGCAGUUCUGUCCACCCAGGCGCGCAAAACGUCGUCGCCAUGGAAGCCUCCAGCUCGACUUCUGCCGUGGCAACUCACGGUGCAAUACCAAUGGGACAAGCCAAUGCGGAAGCACCGUCAGAACCGCGCUCAGUAGGCAGAGAGACGAAUCCAUACAACGUCGGCGGCGUUCCUUGUGCUUCUACGGAGCUCGACGGCAUCGCUGGCUCGACGACUCAAUCACCAAUCGGCGAAGCUUCGGCAGCCGCAUCUGGGUCCUUCAAGCACAGAAGCGGGCCAGCAAGUGCCGUUCAGAGUAGGGUAGAUCAGUCCAGCGAAGAGCCUGAAGUGUGCUUGAUGUGCCAGAACCCGCUCCCCGAGGUAGCAGCCAUGUCUCCGGUCUGCGACCACUUUGCCUGUGUCCCAUGUUAUACGACAUGGAGGAAAAGCAAGGGACGCAAGGAUAUAAAGUCGAAUGUCGCCACUAACGUACACAAGAUUGCUGGUACAUGUGAGUCGAUAGACCUGCAUGCGCUCGCCAAGCUCAUCUUCCUGACUAGCACCCUUCGAAUCUUCCGCCAUUCGUUGCACGAUAGCAUACCGACAAGGGAACGUCUACGUACAGGACCUGCGAAGGAUGCGUUCAUCGCAAAUUGGCUUGAGCAGCACUCGCGCACAACCUGCCGUCACUUCCAGCGCACGUUGCGCAAGACGCGUGCCAAGUACAAGCUCGACCGCCCGGAUUGUCCUUUCGGUGAUCAAUGUCAAUUUGCCCAUGAGCUCGAUCCGGGCUCGGGCAUCCGUCAAGCUCUUGGGUACAAUAUUGUCGGCGCUCCACGCCUCAAAAACAACGAGCGCAAACACGGUUAUGAACGUUACAAAGUUGUCGUCGGGCCUUCCUCGUUCUCGAAAAGCAUCGCUGCCGAGGCGGGAGACGGUGCUCCUCAGGAGACAAUUCCUGCGCAAGUUGAGGCCUCAGCCGCUACUAGUGCGACGGCAGCGGGCGAUGCGUCUGUACAUCCAGAACCAACGGGCACUGAUAUUCCCGCCGGCAAUCGUGAAGCGAUUGGAGACGAUGGAAUCUGGGCAUUGACGACCUUGGACUCCGCCACCGAUUCUACGGUGACGGCAGCAGGCGACGCGUCCGUAGACCCAGUAGACCCAGUAGACCCAGAAGCAAUGGAAACUGACAAUCCGGCCGGCGAUCGUUUAGCGAUUGGAGACGAUGGAUCCUGGAGAUUGACGACCUUGGAGUCCACUACCAACUCUAGUGCCGGUGCGGUCGGGACAGAAUCUGCUACUCAAGCGCCCACACCCAUGGAUGUCGACGCUCCAUUGUCCACUGCCACAACGGCUGCGAUCACGGAUGCACAACUAUCUCCCUCUGCGCAAGGCGCGCAGGACCCUGAUAUCAUCGUAGGGACAGCAACACCACCGGCGAACGCUUCUAGUCCACACAACAGACCCACUGCUGCUCCUGUAGCUGAAAGGACUGACUACAGCCAGGUCGUGCCUGACCGCUUCUUGUCAAGAGAGCUGGCCAAGUACCAUAGCGCGUACAUGGGAGGCGCUAUAAGCUUUGACCGAGCCAAGACGCUGCUCCAUGCGGCUGUUUUUCGCGCUUCGACUCGAGCAGUACCCAGGGACCUGUGGUCCACUCAAAUUGGCGUGGUAAGCACCGCGCUCUUCGUGCACCUCGAGCAAGGUGGAAGAAUGAUUCCGGAUGCAGCAACUCGACGACGCAGACUUUUGGAAGCUGCUUACCGCGGCGAAGACAUUCCACAGGGAUCCCUAGGCCCAAACACUGUGCCGGAUGUCCCAGUCGCAAGGCGAAAAGGUCGUAAUUUGAGGCGGACGCGCAUCACGCACACAGCAGGUCACGCGGAACCUCGCGAGACCACCACAGUCAUCGACGGUGGCCCCGCAAUCACGGCUCUCAUUGAAUUUGCGGCCCUGGAAUUGGGUGACCCUUUGCUCUGGGUCCCUCGCAUCUUGCGCAUCCCAACUAGGCGAGCGUCGGACGCUGCUAUGGACGAGGACUACGGACCGAGGGCGACGUGUCCCCCAUCCAAUGUCACAAUUAUGGCUCAGGCUGUUCAAGUUGCCUUAACGUUCGUGCCUAGGCCAGUGCGCAUUGCUAGUCAGUUUGGCGUUCCGGUAAAGUCAUCUGCACCUCCCGUUCCGACGCCACUCCCGCCAAGUAUCGGGCUCUCGGCCAUAAAAAGGUGGAUCGAAGGUCUGCCUCCCCGAGUGCAGCGCUAUCUCGCAGCACGCAGGCCGGAAUAUCGGCCUCCCGACACGGAGAACGCUGUUCCGGGCCCCAAUCAGCGGAACAACAAUGUCCGGGAGGAAAGCUAUCUCAAACCAGCACGGCAGCAUAUCGGCCAGACGUGGUGA